AUGACAUCCGCGGACGAAGAAAACUCUUAUAUUGAUUACGAAACUUUCCUCUCGCCCACAUUCUCCCCUUCAUCAUUCGCAAACUCUCUUGUUCUGGGGACAAACAACCCUACCGAUACACCCCUCGACCUCUCCACGCCUCUCUCCCGUGUGCUAUUCGAUGCGCAAGAAAUAAAUACACAUAUUGAUACCCUUACAACGAAAAGCGCCCUCCCCCUCCUAUCACAUACCCAAGAUCAGACUGAAUCGAGUCAGAGGAUAGUACAAGAGAUAGAUUCGCAGGUCGCGAGUCUCAAUGAUGGAUAUAAACGACUUGAGAAGGAAGUUUUAGUACGAUAUGAAACCGCAGAGGAAGUCCAAACUGUUGCCAGUAGAUUGUGGGAAACCGUAAGACUGGGGCGGGUAGUCGCACGAUGCUUGCAAUUGGGGAGACAACUUGAGAUUCAACUAUCUGAAAUCGGGAAUACGGGUGCGCCUGUCAAGGUUCCGGGUGCAAAGGAGGAUCAUAAAGCUUUGGUGAGGUGUUCGAAUACACUACUGAAUAUACGAGAGCUUUUCCAGAAAAGUGACCCUGGGGAAGAAGGUCACGGUUUAGAGAGAAUAGAGGUUGUGCGGACGCUUCAAACAUCGAUUAUCAACCCCGCAGAACGAGUCGUACUUUCCAGAUCACAGCAACUUAUUCGCGAAUUUUCGAUGAGCAAUUUAUCAUCCAGCAGCAACACAUCGACAUAUGCGCAGACCAGGGAUACCAAAGAGCGCACAGAUUCGGCUUUGAAAACUUUAUACCUUCUAUCCUCAACAUCAGGACUUAACAGCAAGAACGCGAAGAAACUAAAAUGGGAGCCAAAUCUCCUCGUUCAAUCGCUUCAGGAUUAUCUCCGGACUGCUCUCACUAGCUCAUUGGCAUCUCUUUCUCGUGCUCUUGCUACGCUUCCUACACUCGAUCGAACUCUUCUCGAGGUAUCCGCUCGAUGUCAAAAUGUUUUAGCGCUGGAAUCACUACUCGCAUCUAUACAGCCACCGGCGCACCCAAAUUUGCCCUCAGAUGACUUGGCACCAGCCAAUUUUCUCCAGCCUUUACUCACAUCUUUAGAAACUGGUUCAUUACCAAGUUAUUUCUGGAGGACUUUAGCUGGCGGUUUGACCACAAAGGUACAAGAAAUUAUCAAUAAAGGUGGUGUUAGCGCUAGAACGUUAAGAAGCAAUCGUAACAGUGUUAGGGAUGCUAUUCGAGAAUGCGUCGUGAAAGGGAGCCGAGCACCAGCUGGAAUCACUGCUUUGAAAGGCGAGAAAAAAGCAGAUGCUAGCUGGGAACGAGAAGUAGCGGUAAUGGUUGGAAGUGUUAUGGGUCCAUUAGGCCGCUGA